AUCCCCACCCCUGGCAUAUAAGCUGUUCAGCCACUGCGCUUCCCGAAGUCCCACCUUACGAACUACGGUCGAAACUCGAAACACCUCAAAAUUGUCUCUUCCCCCAAUCGGACUCCUCUCUCCGGUGGUCUCCGUUUAUCUUUACCAAAUGGCGACGGCGAUGGUAGAAGAUACGAGCUUUGAAGAUGAUCAGCUCGCAUCCAUGUCCACUGAUGAUGUGCUUCGAGCUUCCCGGCUUCUGGACAAUGAAAUCCGGAUAUUGAAGGAAGAGUUACAGAGAACGAAUCUGGAGCUGGAGUCUUACAAGGAAAAAAUCAAGGAGAAUCAGGAGAAGAUUAAGCUCAACAAGCAGCUUCCUUACUUGGUUGGAAACAUUGUUGAGAUUUUGGAGAUGAAUCCAGACGAUGAUGCUGAAGAAGAUGGUGCUAACAUAGACCUCGACUCGCAAAGAAAAGGGAAAUGUGUGGUCCUAAAGACUUCAACUCGUCAGACUAUAUUUCUUCCUGUUGUUGGUCUGGUUGACCCUGACAAGUUGAAGCCUGGUGACUUGGUUGGAGUUAACAAAGACAGCUACUUGAUCCUUGACACUUUACCAUCUGAGUAUGAUUCCCGAGUCAAGGCCAUGGAGGUUGACGAGAAGCCCACAGAGGACUACAAUGACAUUGGAGGCUUGGAGAAGCAGAUUCAAGAACUAGUAGAGGCGAUUGUAUUGCCUAUGACUCAUAAAGAGAGAUUUCAGAAGUUGGGCAUUAGGCCUCCAAAGGGAAUUCUCUUGUAUGGACCUCCCGGUACUGGCAAAACUUUGAUGGCUCGUGCCUGUGCUGCACAAACAAAUGCCACCUUUUUAAAGCUUGCAGGUCCACAACUUGUGCAAAUGUUUAUUGGUGAUGGAGCAAAACUUGUCCGCGAUGCCUUUCAGCUUGCGAAAGAGAAGUCUCCAUGCAUCAUUUUCAUUGAUGAAAUUGAUGCAAUUGGAACUAAACGUUUUGAUAGUGAGGUGAGUGGUGACAGGGAGGUUCAAAGGACCAUGUUGGAACUGCUCAAUCAGCUUGAUGGUUUCAGCAGCGAUGACAGGAUAAAGGUGAUUGCUGCAACAAAUCGAGCUGAUAUCCUGGACCCUGCUCUUAUGCGAUCUGGGCGUCUGGAUCGUAAGAUUGAGUUCCCCCAUCCGACUGAAGAAGCCAGAGCCCGAAUUUUACAGAUCCACUCGAGGAAAAUGAACGUUCACCCUGAUGUCAACUUUGAGGAGCUAGCUCGUUCGACGGAUGACUUCAAUGGGGCACAACUGAAAGCUGUGUGCGUGGAGGCUGGGAUGCUUGCUCUUCGAAGGGAUGCAACUGAGGUGAAUCACGAGGACUUCAAUGAAGGUAUAAUCCAAGUGCAAGCCAAGAAGAAAGCAAGCUUGAAUUACUAUGCUUGAUUGAGUCGACAAAGGAAAAAACUCAGGAGACUUGGCUGGGUUGUUUGCUGAUUCUAGCUACCUCUUUCUCUUGGUUUCCUAACAUGCUGUUUCUCUUUUCUAUCUCUGUUGACUUUUAAGCUUUAAAUCAUGCAGUGAACUUUUUGUGCUUUUUGUGCUUUUUGUGGUAAUGAUAUAUGUAACAUUAAUAUGCUCCAAACUUCCUAGUUGAAUGGUGGAAUAUAUUUAUAUUCUGGGUCUGGUA